AUGACACUAUCGCUGGCAUCCAUGACUCAUAGCUCCGGGCUCAGUGCUGGGAUCGUCAUGUGCCGGAUGACAUUACACGGGUGGACAUUUGAAGAGUGGAGUAGAGUAGGAGAGGCUAGAGGGCGACAGCCGCAAAGAGAAAGGUAUGAUAAGGCAAUAGGGCAACAAGGCAUGAAGGCAUCUGCGUCGUUAGACACCUGA